UUUCGGAGCCCUAGGGUCUCGUGCCUUCCCGAGGUGGAUCUUGAUCCUCCUCUUUGUUCUUCCUCCGAUCUGUUCGGUGUUUCAUCAUCUUCCUCAGCAAUGGCUUCUGCAGAUGUUGAGUUUCGAUGCUUCGUUGGUGGUCUCGCAUGGGCGACCGAUGAUCAAGCCCUAGCGAAGGUUUUCGGUCAAUACGGCGACAUUAUUGAAUCUAAGAUCAUCAGCGAUCGUGAGACUGGGAGAUCUAGAGGCUUUGGCUUUGUGACUUUCCGUGAUGAGCAGGCGAUGAGGGACGCUAUUGAAGGGAUGAACGGCCAAAGUCUCGACGGUCGUAAUAUUACCGUCAAUCAAGCGCAGAACAGAGGAAGCAGUGGUGGAGGUGGUUACCGCAGUGGUGGCGGCGGCGGAUACGGUGGUGGUGGAGGCGGAUACGGCGGUGGUGGUGGUGGAUACAGCGGCGGUGGUGGUGGAUACGGUGGCGGUGGUGGAUACGGUGGAGGUCGACGUGAUGGUGGUGGUGGUGGUGGGUACAGCCGCGGUGGUGGUGGUGGUGGUGGAUACAGUCGCGGUGGUGACCGUGGUGGUUAUGGAGACGGUGGAUCUCGUUACUCGAGGGGUGGUGGUUCCUCCGAUGGCAACUGGAGGAACUAGGGUUUGGUAGUGAUGUUUUAGGGUCUGAUGUCGUGAAUGGUUUCGUGGUCUUGGUAUUUAUGGUUCUCUCUAUAAGUGAUUCGUCUUUUUGACCAAUGUGGUUACUCUGUAUGGCGAUUUGAUAUUUUUCGUCCGAUGGUUCUCUGUAGUUGUGAUUCGAGUCCUCUGGUAUCGUAAUUAGUCAUCUUACAAAGAACAGAAAAAUUUAUGGAAUUUGUCCAUAGAAAUUGUGUUUUUUUCAUUUAGGUUGUGACUAUAUUUCGUUAAUUUCACAUUAAUAAUUAAAUUACAUAUGACCCUUUAUGAGUAA